UGAGAAAGUAUUUAUUUUCUGAUAUUUGCAACAAGCGACAAAAUCAAAACUGUGUCCGAUUAGAUUGACGAAUACGAGAAUAACAUGAAAGAUCCUCAGAGCGUACACGACAUCUCAGUCAUAUGGAGGGGAAAGAAGUUUGUUGUACAGAUGAAUCCAAGUGCUACUCUCAAGGAGCUUGGGCAUGAGCUGCAAAACUUAACUCAUGUCAAACCAGAUACUAUGCGAUUCAUUGUUCCGCGGUCCUCGAAGUUGCUAACUCCUUUCUCGAACGAGCACGAGCGCUUGAGUUUACAAGAAACUUCUAUUACUGAGGGGAAGCCUAUCAGAAUGAUGGGAGUGUCCGAGAAUGAGGUUGAUGAAGUUCUAGAAGGUGCAAAGCUAAACUUGAGGAUAGCUGGAUUUAGUGAAGAGGAAAAGAGACUGAGGCAGCGAAUAUCAGAUAGGCCUCAACUCUCACUUAAACUUCCACAAGGACCCUAUAUCUUUUGUGAUUUUCGCACACUUCAACUUCCAGGAAUAGAGCUGAAUCCUCCUGCAUCAGAGGCAUUAAAAAGAAUGCACAUGCUUGCUGCAGAUCCAGGAAUUGUUGCCAUCAUGAACAAGCAUCGCUGGCGUGUAGGAAUUAUGACUGAGAUGGCCCCUGUUGGUUAUGUGGGCAUAAGUCCAAAAUGCCUUCUCGGCUUUAACAAGAAUCAUGGUGAGGCGAUAUCUCUGCGUCUUCGAACUGAUGAUCUGAAGGGUUUUAGGAAAUAUGAGAAAAUCAAGAAAACUCUUCUGCAUGAACUUGCUCACAUGGUAUACUCUGAACACGAUGCAAACUUCUUUGCACUGGAUAGACAGCUGAACCAAGAAGCUGCUAGUUUAGAUUGGACAAAAUCCACAAGCCACACCUUGAGUGGAUUGAACCGUUCAGAGCAUUAUGACGAAGAGUUCGAUCUUGAAGAAGGUAGUAAGUUCUCCCAGAAGCUUGGAGGAAAUACAUUGGAUCAGAUGGAAAGUGCCCGCGUGGCUUCAGUGACUGCUGCUUAUCAACGUAUGCUAAAUGCUUCUGCCAAUAGUUCUGGAAUAUCUGAAAUCCAUGAAGAGCCAGACCCUGAUGAUUCUGGCUUCCACACACUUGAAGAAUCCAAUCAAAUGAACCCUGUGGUAGAAGAAGGAUUUGAUGGUGACAGUUUUAACGAGGUUCAUUUGAAACCUCAUCAGGAACCUGAUCCUGAUGACCAUUCUGACAAGAAUUGGGAAUCUGAGCCUGAUCCCGAUGAUUCUCAGGGAGAAAAGAAUUGGGAAUCUGAGCAACCAUUUGUUGAAAGUGAGACAACCCAACCUGCAGCGGUAGUGAACAGAAAGUUGGAUGCUGUAAGGCCUUGUGAAGAACCUGAUCCUGAUGAUUUAGAAGCUAGUUUGAAGCAUUGUGUUGUAGCUGAACAUAUGCCUUUGCACUCUGAGGAGAUGAGCAUUCUGGAUAGCAAGACUCAAGCACAGAAGCAUUUUGAUGAACCUGAUCCUGAUGACUUGGAUGCAAAAUGGAAUAAUACGGAAUAUGGGAACGCCAUGAUAGACAAUGAAAACAACUCUUUAAUAAUUGGAGCAAUCAAUGGUCAAUCCAAUCGAACCGAGGCUCACAGAGAAGCCAAUCUUGGUGAGUCUCGGGAAGAUGAAGUCAUGAUGGCAGAACCUGAUCCCGAUGAUAAGUUGGUGCACCCUGUGGAGAUGUCCAGAAUGCAAAUUGAUGAACCAGAUCCAGAUGAUGAGGAAUUACAAAGAAUUCAAGACCCUGUUACAGUUGCUUGUGGUCGUUUGCAAAAGGCCAUCGAGACACUGCAAGCUGACAUUGAUCCGGCACUGGCAAUUGUAGUAUUCCAAACUCUAUUUAAGAUAAUAAGCAAUGUCAUUGAACAUCCAGAUGAGAUGAAAUUCAGAAGACUGCGCAAGGCUAAUCCAACAAUUCAAAGGAAUAUUGCAAGUUACAAAGCUGCGAUAGAAUUCUUGGUUUUGGUGGGCUUCAAUGAAGAUAUCGUGUCGGACGAAAUGGGAAAGUCUGAAACUUAUCUGGUGUUGAAGAGGAAUGAUCCAGGUUUGCUGUGGCUUGCAAAGUCCUACCUUCAAACCAAGAAUUGGGCCUAGUCAUAGAAAUAUUAUUAUUUGACGCGUGUAAAUUUGGUUUGUAUGAUUUGUUAUAGAAACAUAGUGAAUAGAAAGGCUUGUGUCGGAUUCCAGAAUGCUACUAGCAGCAUGUAAUGGCCUGAACUUUGUAUAGUUCUUUAAGGAACUUUGUACCACAAAGUAAAGGUGCUUGUUUUAAAUGAAAUUUAUUUCAAAUUCCAUUGCGCACUAAUAUAUUCAUCCAAAUAACUUUCCAUGCAUAA